AUGCAUCAUCCAGAUGAUGGUAUGGAAGAGUCUUUCCUGGAGCAUCCUACAUUCGACGGUGAAGGACGGAAUCCCUUCAAUUUCUCGGUUCUCGCCGAGUACCAAGCAGCUAGUGCAGCUUUGCAACAGACCGUGGUUGACAACCCGGAACGAUUUUUCAAGAAGAUGUUUGGAAACAGUGAGCUGAUAUGCUUUCGUCAGAAUGACGAGAACAAGAUUGUUCUGACAAAAGAGUUGCUUCCCAAGUUGGUCAGCUUCUAUCACAAGUCCAUGGCACAUGUCGAAGGCAUGGAUCGUUUAGAACAAACGAUUAAGACACAUUUCUACCAUAGAGGUAUUCGCGACGAAGUCCGAAAACAAAUUGAGCAGUGCGAAGCAUGUGCGAAGAACAAACCAGCACGACGUGCUUAUGGAGAAUCUGCUCCACGUGAUGCUACGGUGAUGCCCUGGCAGGAAGUCCAUUGUGACACAAUAUGUCCAUGGACGAUUGAGUUACGACAACGAAUGUUGACUUUCAACGCCAUGACUAUGGUGGAUCCUUGCACAAACUUGUUAGAGAUUGUGCCUAUCAUGCGACGAACGUCGGAAGAAGGUGCUCGAGUGGUCGAAGAUACGUGGUUUGCUCGGUAUCCCCGACCUCAGAAAGUGGUCACAGACAACGGUCCGGAGUUCAAACUGGAAUUCAUCAAGAUGGUGAAAAAGAACGGUGCGGUGCAUCGGUACUCGACCCCUCGUAAUCCACAAGGUAACUCGAUGAUUGAACGGACUCAUCAGGCAAUUGGUCAAGUAUUGCGAACCAUUGUGGUUUCGCGCGAUCCCAAGAGUGUGGCUGAUGGGAUCAAGGUCAUUUCCGAAACCUUGGCGAUAGCAAUGCAUGCUCAUUGUUGUUCCGUGCAGAGUACGAACGCGUAUCUCACUCCUGGUGCUCUUGCCUUCAAACGAGAUAGGUUUCUUGGCAUUCCUAUUUAUGCAGACAUCCUGACCAUGCAACGACACCGUCAAUCCUUGGUUGACAAACGAUUGCUGCGGGCCAAUGCUAAACGCAUCUCCUAUGACUACGCGGUCGAUGAUCUGGUCUACAAGCGUGCGUAUCUCGGUCUCAGUGAUAAGUUGAAGCCUACGGCUUCUGGUCCCAACCGAGUUUCCCGUGUACAUACCAAUGGCAAUGUAACGAUUCAGCUCAGUCCUCAUCAGUUCGAGCGACUGAACAUUCGGCGUGUGUUUCCAAAGCAUCCAGCACCUCCGGUUGCCACCGGUACGGGUUAUUGA